AAACGGCGUUAGAACACUUUAGAAACCUUAAAUGUGCUGUACCGUGAUAAUAAGUGCAGACAAAAAAUACAAUUCAAUUUCAAGAGUUGGCAAAUAUUUUAUCAAUAUUAGACCAAGCUGUGUAUCACAAGUCUACCACGACGUGUGGUAGUGAAGUGCCAAACAGCGACAGCUCUUUUUCGAGCCGAAGGUUCCAUCUAGCGCUGCUUCUCGGCCACUGCAGGUAUUUGUAUAGGAAGUGCGGAGCACUCUGGGGGAAAUGUGGAGGAUUUGAUUGUAGUUCAUUCAUGGACGCUGCGUUUGAUUCUGGGGAAAACUAGAAGUUUUUUCCCGUUAUUCGGGAGACUAAACUUCUCGGAGCUCAGAUCCCGGGGAGGCAGGACCGUCCGAGCGAAGCGGGUCACCUCUGCACCCUGGACGCCUCCCGGACUUGCUGAAGUAUUUUCAACAUCAGCCUUUAGGCCCAAGAGCCGCGGAGCACGGGAGUGCAGCAGCCCGCCGCGGAGGGCUGAUCUCCUGGGGACUCUCUCGUAGAUGCGGGCCUGACCGACCUGUCCUUCCUGCGAGGUCCGUGGCGAGGUCCUGCCGGGGAGCCUUUCUCCCGGUCUUAGAGACACGAUGUCGCACGGCGGGGUCCCGCCGAGAUGGCGGAAUUGCCCGAGAAGGGGGCAACCUGUGGCAGGUAAAUUCCUGCCCAUGAAGACAAUGUUAGGGCCAAAAUACGAUGACUUGGUCCAGGAAGAGAACAGGUUCCACCCCAGCAUGCUGUCAAACUAUUUAAAGAGUCUUAAGGUCAAAAUGGGGUUGCUCAUUGAUUUAACAAAUACAUCCAGAUUCUAUGACCGGAAUGAAAUCGAGAAGGAAGGCAUUAAGUAUGUGAAGCUUGCUUGCAAAGGGCAUGGAGAGUGUCCUACGGCAGAACACACAGAAAUGUUCAUCAGGCUGUGUGAGCACUUCAUGGAAAAGAAUCCUACUGAACUAAUAGGUGUCCACUGCACACACGGCUUCAAUCGAACAGGCUUUCUCAUCUGUGCCUAUCUGAUAGAAAAGAUGGACUGGAGUAUCGAAGCGGCUGUGGCUGUCUUCGCUCAAGCCAGGCCUCCGGGCAUUUAUAAGGCGGACUACCUGAAGGAGCUGUUUCAUCGCUAUGGCGACGUCGAAGACGCGCCUCCCGCUCCCUCCCUCCCUGACUGGUGCUUCGAGGAAGAGGAGGAGGACGUGGACGACGACGACGACGGCGGCGGCAACCUCAUCGGCCCGGACUCUGGCCCCAGCUCCUCGGGGUCCUUACCAGGCAAGAAGAAGAAGGAGCGGCUAAAAUUGGGCGCCGUGUUCUUAGAAGGCGUUCAAGUUAAAGGCGUCACACAAGUUACAACUCAGCCAAAACUUGGGCAAAUACAGAGGAAAUGUCAGAAUUUCUGCGAAUGGGAGAAGUCAGGUUUCCCAGGGGCCCAGCCCGUGUCCAUGGACAGGAAGAACUUGUGCCUGCUGGAGCAGAAUGCUUACAAAGUCAGCUGGAAAGCAGAUGGCACGCGGUACAUGAUGCUGAUUGAUGGGAGAAACGAGGUGUACAUGAUUGAUAGGGACAACUCCGUGUUUCAUAUAGCGAAUCUGGAGUUUCCUUUUCGUAAGGAUCCUCGCAUUCAUCUUUCAAACACGUUGCUGGAUGGGGAGAUGAUCAUUGACAAGGUUAAUGGACAGCCAGUUCCAAGAUACCUGAUAUAUGACAUUGUCAAAUUUAAUGGGCAGCCAGUGGGUCAAUGUGAUUUUAACAUCCGGCUGCUUUGUAUAGAAAAGGAAAUAAUAUCCCCGAGGCUGGAGAAAAUGAAGAAUGGACAAAUUGACAAAACGAAGGAACCUUUCAGUGUCAGGAACAAGCCAUUCUUUGAUAUCCAUGCAUCAAGAAAGCUCCUGGAAGGAAGUUUUACCUCUCAAGUUAGUCAUGAAGUAGACGGUCUUAUUUUUCAGCCUGUAGGGAAAUACAAGCCGGGCAGAUGUGAUGACAUCCUGAAGUGGAAACCUCCCAGCCACAACUCCGUCGAUUUCCGUCUGAAAGUCACUAAAGUAGGGGGAGAGGGGUUGCUCCCCCAGACGGUUGGACUGCUGUACGUUGGCAGCUAUGACAGACCCUUUUCACAAAUGAAGGUGACAAAAGAUCUGAAGCAGUACGACAACAAAAUCAUCGAAUGCAACUUUGUGAACAACACUUGGGUCUUCAUGCGGCAGAGAACAGAUAAGAGCUUCCCGAAUUCCUACGACACAGCAAUGGCUGUUUGCCAAAGUAUUCAGAAUCCGGUCACCAAGGAAAUCCUGCUGGAAUUCAUUGACAGGUGUGCUCUGGGAGCCCAAGGACAGACCCGCAAGCACCCCCCCGACCCGGACUCCGCGCUCAUGCCCCCUCCUCCUCCAAAGAGGCCCCACCGGGCGAUACCGUAGCUCACAGCCCAGCGGCUGCAGGGCUUCUGGUGGACAGUGCUGCAGUAAGGGCCAGCUCACUUGCACUGAGCACCCCAGUAGUGUUUCAGCCCAUCGUACACCCCACCCCUGGAAGAACUGACCUCAUGCCAUUCAGCUGGUCCAAUUGGCUUUUAGGGCUGUAAAACUCAUAACAUAAUUCCACUAAAUAUACGAAAGCAAUUCAUUUUCAUUUCACCUGUGUGUUUCUGUCCUAAUGAUAAAAAAACACUAUGGCAAGCCUUAUCUUGUUGUGUUUUAGCUUCCCCAGUUCCACGUCUUUGUUGUGUUUUUUUCUCCAUGCGAGAGUGGUCACAGCUGAGUAAUCAGUAUAUGCAGGCAUACUUUCCAAACUUUUGUAAAAAAAAAAAGUCCACUGUAAUAUUUUUAUAUUAUUUUCUUCCAGUUUCCAUAGUUGCUUAUUGAAAAGGGAAUUGGUUCUGUUAGGUUAGCAAAUUGAAAGAGGAACUGGAGAUUUUUGAAAAUACAGCUAAAAUGAAACUUGAAAGAGUAACUUUCCUGAAGCAAUUAGCCUUUUUCAUGACACGACUUUCUUAAAAAAAAAACUGCAGGCAGAUGGAAUUGUGCACAGUAAUGUUUGGGGGUUAUUAAAUGUUUUUGUGUCUUUCCCAUUGUGAGUGCUUACGAGAGAGAUAUUGCGGUCUUUGCAGUGGACCCCUCUAGCCAGCAGCCCUUGAAUUUUAAAGUAGCAUGCUGAGUAGGAACAAAGAAAUCCAUAUCUUUGUUCCAUUGUUUCACCUUUCCAUUUAUUUUUUCCAGUUUUGUUUCAGUAACUUGUAAGAAACAACCAUAUGCAAUCUCAAUUCGAAUUCGUGUAAGCAGGUGGCCUGGUUUAGGUUCCACUUAUUUUAAAAGGUGUUUUACUGCUUUAUUUGUUUGAUGUGAAACAUUAAAGUAAAGUGUCUCAAGCUGA